GGACCGCGACAGGGGGGCGCUCUGCCCAGCGCGGCCGCUCCUCUCGGUGGUGGCCGGAAGUGGAGCGGUCGCCGUGGCAACGCGGCUGUGUUUACCGGCGGGCGCGGGCGGCCCCGGGGUGGUGUCUUGGGAAGCAAUGGCCACAGCAGCUCCUCUGAACCCAGUACCACUUCCCUGCUGCUUCCGUUCCAGCACGGCGGUCUCUGUCUUUCAGCCAAACGCCAUCACCAUGCACAUGACCCGGCCAAAAUCUGCCAAGGGACGCACAAGGACGGCUUUCAAUUACUCUGGGACCACGGACACCUAUCCUUGUGGAGUGCCAUCAUCGCCAGCAGCUCCGCAUGACUUACAGAGCAGCCGGAGAGCAUCAUCCACCAAACCAGUGUUCCUCUCCGGCCAGGUGUCCCCGGAGGAGAUCCCCGAGCUCCUGCAGCAGGUGCCGUUACGGAGCUCGUCCUCCCUGAACAAAUACAGGGUGCUCCCCUCCAUCGGCCGAAAGGGUGCAGGAGGUGCAGCGGAGCAGAGCGACCAUCUGGGAGCGAGCUGGGGGCAGGAGGAUGCUCCGAAAACAGCAGCUCCUUCUGGAGAGCGAGGGUCUGCCCGCAGGCCGUCACAAAGCCGUGUCCCUAAUGAGGAAGGCUCAUGUGCUCCCGAGAAGCCGGGAAGGAAAAUGAGGCAAGAGAGCCCUUUGUUGUCGACUCUCAGUUUGGAAGAACCGCCGCAGAAAGAGUCGUGUUUGCUGCUUGCUAUUCGGUCUCCCUCCGGCCAACGAUUUGAACAUCACUUCAAGCCCACAGACAGUCUCCAGACGGUCCUUGCUAUGGCAGAACGCCGAACAGCCACCAAAUAUGAACACUGCAACAUUGAAACCAUGGAGGUGCCCAGGCGGAGCUUUUGUGACCUCAGCAGGUCCUUGCAGGAGUGCGGGAUCCCCCACAAGUCCGUGCUGUGCAUCCGGCAUGCCGAGCAGCAGGACGCCGACCUGUAGGCAUGGGCUGUGCUCCAGAGCAGCCUGGCCUCCUUCAUCUUCCUAAAAGCUCCCUUGAAGCAGACUCGUGGAUACCAAAAGCACGGGUAGAAGUGCUACUUCCAGGGUAUCCACCUAGACCGGCUGCGUGGGUAGUGUCUAUUUUCCACAAGUUCCUUCCUGAGUGCCACCAACUUUGGCUUUCGAAAUGGACGGUUUCCUUCUUUGACGUUUGUUCUGUUCUCGGAGCAGGAAGCUGCUUCUGUGUCCUCUUCUCUGUUUCAAGAAGGUGCCACUUCCCAGAAGGGAUCAUGCGUCCAGGAAGACAGGAGCAGAACUGUUUUACUCCGUAAAACUCAGCUGGAUUGUGGUUGUAUUGGUGAGCAGUGGGAUUUCUCCUCAGUUUUUCUUUUCUUGUCCAACAGCCGGGAGUUAAGAGGAGCUGGGUAGUCAAGGUGGGAUGCUGCAAAAUGCUUCAAUGCUUUUACACUGAAAUGAGUUAGUCCUCGGGCCCAGCAAGUGCUGCUGUGGGGGUUGUUUGGGUUGUUUUGGUUUUAAUUUGGUAUUAAUUGGCUUUGACUGAGGAAGUGGCCCCCCUUGUAGUUUGUUUUACUGAACCAAUGUGGCCCUUGCAGAGUUGUAUUGUCAAAAAUGGUGAGCAGGGUAACUAGGGUGCAUUUGUGCUAGAAAAAUGGACAGCUUGCCACACAGCUGGGCUCAUUGUAUAAUAUUGUGGGGCAAAACCCAGGUUUUCAGCUCAGCAGAAUCACCAGAGCUGCUCACAAGAGCAACAACAGCAGAAAACUCAUUCUGGUGUUGACCAAGAAUGUUGAAUUUCGUUCCAAAGUCAGUGUUCCGGGGUGCAGGUCUCUGCUGCAGCUGUUGGUAAGCCAGCUGAAGCAAUCCCAGCGUCUCCAGGGCGAGCAGGGGUGCUUUGAUCAGACCUUCCACAGCUGCUCUGUUAUAUUUGAAGCAGCUUUGAGAACGUGGACGGCUCAGGACCGCUGAUGCGGGUGGUGGGAGAGCAGCACAGCAGUGUUAGCACGCAGGGACCGGUCUGCGUACACGGCCUCGCUUCUGCUUUCCGAAUAUUUUCAUCCUGUGUGAUGGUAAAAUCAAUAAAACCUUUUCAGCUAAAAUCUGAA